CGUCGGACCUGAGAAGCUUCUUUUUACUUGCUUUUGUUCCGGUUAUUUUCACUCUGAAAUAAGAUUGUUAUUAUUCAUUUAAUAUGUUUAAKGUUUCGUGUGUCUUUUAAUAAGAACAAUAUUAACUGUUUAACCAUUWACGCGCCGAGGGGGGACGGAACUAAAGAAGUCCUCUGAUGUCCGCAGGUCGGCUGCUGAUGUUCCCGUCGGUCUCUGCCGGCUCGCUGGGGGCUGCGGAGCCCUUUAGCAGCUCGCUGUCAGAGAUGGAGACUUUUCGGAUGUUUCUGAACGAGCGGCUGGCUGCAGCGGUGGAAGAUAUCCUGGGUUUGUUCGGGGAAACCGUGGCCCGGUACCGGGAGCAGGUGGACUGCCAACAGAGGGAGUUGGAGAGCCUCAGGUCCAGGGAGGUCGAGUGGAACCGGGCUGCAGAGCCCCAGCAGGACUCUUCCUGGAUUAAAGCGUAUCCUGAACACCAGAGCCCUGACGUCCCGCCGCUUCAGACUGACUGUGUUGAUAAGACGGACGUCGGCACYUUGGCUGAUCAGAUUAAAAUAGAAGGCGGCGGUGAAGACGACGAGCCAGAAAUACACAAUCGCUACGACUCGACGGCUGAUCCGGAGGCAGGCGGAGCUAGCCGACUUGAGGAUUCGGACGCAGAGGAAAGUGACGACGGCUGGAGGGAGGCUGCAAGACUCUGGAACCCAGAGGAGACGGAGGACUCCAAACAUCAGAGCACAGGCGCCGAGUUAAAGACUCCCAGUGAGCCGUCUCRGGAGGAAAGGCAACUUCCUCGUGUGUUCGGCUGCCGAGUUUGCGGCGAGUCCUUUCACAAGAUGAGUGUCCUGCUCGCCCACGCCUCGGCCCACCUGGGGGACUGCGGCGUGUGCGGGAAGCGGCUGGAGCCCACGGAAAGCCUGAAGCUCCACCUGAAAGCCCACAGAGAGACGCUGUUCCGCUGCAGCRUCUGCGGGCAGACGUUCACGCUGCGCGGCAACCUCGGCAUCCACAUGAGGAUCCACUCGGGCGAGCGGCCGUUCAGCUGCACCGUCUGCGGCAAGAGCUUCGGCCGGCGGGCCACGCUGGUGCGGCACGUGCGCAGCCACACGGGCGAGAAGCCGUUCGCCUGCGUGUACUGCGGCCACAGCUUCACGGAGAAGGGCAACCUGACGGUCCACCUGCGGACGCACACGGGCGAGAGGCCGUACAGCUGCUCGCUCUGCGGCCGCAGGUUCAGCCAGCUGUCCAGCUUCUACAAACACCCGUGUCAGAAGAACGGCCUGAUGUGCGUCCCCAUCAGUGGCACCUGACCGCUGCUGCGUGACGGCCGCUUCAGCAAAACAAACACACUGUCUCGGUCCUGAUGAGACGUUAUAUAUUUWGAGCUCCCAGCGUAGGAGUUGUUUGGCUUUUGGAAUACUUCUUGAUUUUGUUUUCCUCAAAGGACAUCCAGCUAUUUCUCUGACAAAUGGCAGCAUUUUCCUUGAUGGCUCAAAAUACUUAAAACAAACACUAAAGUUUGUGUUUCUACAUUUUUUUUAUAACCUUGCCUUUUUAAUG